AUGUGUUUGUGGUUGUUUUAUACACGAAAGCCUGCUUUUGUUCCUUCUGUUCCUUCUGCUGCUUCUGCUUCUACUUCCGCUUUGAGUACCGACCCACCGGGCUGGCAACGCACGGCUAACAACAGCAACAGCAACAGCAGCAAAGGUAGCAAAGGUAACAAUUACUUUGAUAACUACUGGCUUAUUUGUGGUUUGGCUGUCGAGCUCUCUUUUUCAAUCACACAUACAUUUAUGGAAACCUCUGAGGGAAUCAUCACAAUAAGUAACGACGUCACUUAUUAUGAACCUGAGUUACCAUCCUAUGCCAUCUUAGACACAAUAGUCUUUGGAAAUGAGGAAUACUACAUUCAUAAUAUAGCAAUUAAUACAAUAAACGAUGUCACCCAUACAAAUAACACUCGAUGUAUUCAAAUCUUGCGGAAAAAACUAGGAUCUUGGAUUAAUAUAUCACGAUUUCAGGAUUUAAUUCCGACUCAAAAUCUUAAAAAAUUUAAUACUCUAAUAGAUUCGAAGAUUGAUAAAAAUUUUAUAUUCAAAUUUAAAGAUUCAUUGUUUUCGGGUUUAGAUCCAAAGAUAUUAUCAUAUUUCACCGGAAUUUGGGUUCCCUUACCAAUUGCAAGAAAAAUUUCAUCACUCUUUAAAUUGAAUUCUUAUUUAAAUCCCAUUUUAUCCUUCAACAGAGUAGCAAAAGUUCAAUAUAAUACUUUAUUGUUUCUUGAAACUUUUGUUCAUUUAACUAAAAAUUUGUCAACAAGAAUCUUAAGAUCCUUUGAUGAUGGCUUAAUCAAUUUAGAUCAUUUAAUUAUAACGAAACUAAUUUUUGAUAGACUAUAUAUUGAUAAUGACAUAAUGAAUAAAAACAAUAAACUAAAUGAUAUUCUUGACAACUCAAAUGAAUCCAAUUUUUUAGAAAAUUUAUUGUUUUGUAAAUCAAAAUUAUUGUCCACUUUUACCAUCAAAAAAUUAAUAAAUUUGUCCAACAAUGAUAAUAAUAAUAAUAAUAAUAAUAAUAAUAAUAAUAAUAGUUUUAGUGUUAAUACUGACGAUAAAAACGGUAACCUUGAUUAUCAUAAAAUAACUGGAUCUUGUUGCGAUGGACACUAUAUUGACUUGCUUCAAGCAUCAAUAUACUGUCAAAAAAACAAUUUUUAUAAAUUUUCAAUUCCAAUUCUUGAAUUUGAUUUAUCUGGAAAGUUUUUAAAUAAAUUAAAGACCAAAGCUGUUAUAAACACUUUUGAAAGAGAUUUGCUCAAUAAUUUCAAAACUAAAUUACAUUUUGAAACAAUCACUCACUACAAUACUUAUUUAAACAAAUUUCCUUUAUCUUUCAAUGUUAUUUAUUUUGAGAAACUUCUAAAUAAGGAUAAGUCAUUAUCAACAAAUUUAAAUUUUAGAUAUGAUUUGCUUGAUGUUUUAGGCUUUUAUAUUCAAUCAAAACUUAAUGAAAAUAAUGACAACAAAAAUUUAAAUAUUUCCCAACUUUUUAUAUUAUACAGAAGAUAUUCUGAUGGUUAUGUCAAUUUAAAUAAUAUACUAUCAUAUAUAUUUGCCUAUAAUAGAAUAAAUAAUAUAUCACCAUCUUCAAUUGAGUCGGAAUUAUAUUAUAAAGAUCUAAUAAAAUACAACUAUUUUUUAGAAAAAUUCAUAACAGAUGGUAGUGAUGGAAGUUAUCAGCAAUUUUUCAUUGAAGGAAAUAAUGUUAUUGAUGGUGCAUGGUGUUCUCCUGAUUAUGCUAAAAAGUUUUUCAGUUUUAUAAAAUUGGUAGACUAUAAUGAAAUUUAUAAGUUGUUAGAAAAAGAAAUUAAAAUUGAAGAUUUCGAUCAAAAUUUAAAUGAUAUUGUAAAGCUAAAUAAGGAAAACAAAGAAAUCAAAAUCAAAAUCAAAGAAGUAAAUGAAAUUAUAAUAGAUAUUUCAGAUAAAGAAAGUGAUGAAGUUCUCUCUAUUGACAGUGAUUCCGAAGAUAAGGAAGAUUUAAUAAAUAAUUUUGUUAAUGAAAAAAUUACUAAAGGUAACGCCAUUAGUGCUAGUAAAAAUGACAUUUUAAGUUACAAUAUCAAUAAAAACAUUAAUAAAAUUAACUUAAAUCAGAUGAAUGAAAAAAAUACCAAGACCAAUAAAGAUAAAGAUAAAGAUAAUGAUAAUGAUAAUGAUAAUAAAGAUGAUAUUCUCGAAAAAACAUUUGGAUCUGAUUUUGAAGGGUUGUUUAUUGUAUCACUGCAAACUAAGAAUAUGGGAUUGAAAAACAAUGGCAAAAGUGAAGUCGAACUGUUUUUGAUUUCUGAUAGUAAAAAUGAAAAUGAAAAUACAAAAAAAAAUGGAAAUAUAAAUAAGAACACAAAUACAAAUAUAAAUAUAAAUGAUGAUGUUUUUGAAAUAUCCAGUUCAGAUGAUGAUCUGGAGAAGGUAAUUGAUAUUGAAGAUCUGGAUUCUGAGCCAGAUUUGAAUUAUUUUACAAUUAAAAAAGAGAAAACAAAUCAGAAUGGGAGAAAUGAUCAUGAUUUAAAAUCAAAAAAUGAGAACCCGACGAUUUUAGUCAAUGGCAGAACGAGAAGAUCAGAACCAAGAACCAGAUCGAGAUUAGAAACAAACAAAGAUGAGGACAUGGAUGUGAAAUAUAAUGAAUUUGGAAGUGAAGCAUCAACUUCAUCGCUUGCAUCAUUGUUUAAGAAUAGCAGCGACGAAAUUAGAAGUAUGGAGGAGAUUUUUAUUGACGACAAUCAUUUAUCAGAUAUAUCAUUGAGUGAUAUUAUUAAGAGGAAUAAUGCAAUUGGAAUGCGAGGCAAAAGAUCGCAUAGUUUUUCUAAAAGCAGUGAUGGGCUGGAUAAAUUUGAAAGUGUGACUAGAAAGAGAAAUAAGAUUAGGAGUGAUAAUUUGAUUGAAAUAUCAGAAAGUUACGAUUCAGAAGAUGAGGAAGGAAGUUUUGAAAUAUAUAAAACGUUUGUUAUUGAUAGCAGUCCAACAGUUGAAAGUUUGCAAAAGCGGAUUGACUAUAUUGAUUCAUCGAUAUUAAAUGAAGAGAUUAAAGAGGCAGAUGGGAUAGCAGAUGAAAUAAUACGAGCACUUGGACAUAUUAAAGGAGAAAAGGAAUCGGUUGAUAUUCUAGAUGAAACCAUUAGAAAACUUGAGCCGUUUAAAAGGAUGAACCACCAUGUUUUCAGUUUGCCUAAAAUAAGAAAUGGAUUAAACCAAUUGGUAGAAUUGGAGUUGGUUAAUAAAGCUGAUCAAACGUUUCCAGAGUAUAAGAUUCUUCAGCGAUUGAGAAGUUUGAAAAAAAUAUGGGCUUUCAAAACACCAGAAACGAAAAAAGCAGGAGGAAAUGAGCAUAUUAUUCAUAAAACUCCUGGGUCAUCUGCAAGACAUAAUACAGAGUUAGAAAGUAUCGAAGAACUCUUUAAUUCUUCAUCUCCAAGCAAGAAUCCAGAUAAAACUGACGACGGUGCAGAGAUUACAGUUGGUUACAAGUCCACAGGCGAAUUUAAUUCAACGUUUUUGCCAGCUUACUAUCAGCCGAAUAUUGAGGUCAAAUCAAGAAAAAGUAACCAAGAAACGUUUUCCAAAGUGAGCAAGCCUAAAAAACAAGAAAAAGAAAAAGAAAAAAAAGAAAAAGAAAAAGAAACAAAAAAAGAACAGGAGGUGAGUUUCAACGAUUCCAGUUUGAAUAAAGCAGAUAUGUCGAGAAAGACCUCUGAGGACAAUUUGGACGAUUACUUGCGAUCAGCGAUAGAGACGUUGGAUUCUCUUGCCAACAGCGACACCUCGCAUACUGAGGUGGAGCAGAAGGACGCUGGAUUUGUUUUCAGCAGCCAGUUGGAGCCCCGUUGGACCAGUGCGAGCACUUGA